ACGGCGCUGUCAUGGCUGCCACUAUGAUGUCUCUACACAGAUGUUGCCAGCGGUCGGCGCUCCUCCUUGUUGCCCAGCGACGGUGCAGCUCCAGCUCAGUGUCUCCCACUCCUCUGCACACAAGGCUCCUCCUCUACCUCACUCAGCGUUUCUAUGAUGUGGAGAUGCUCCUGAGCUGGGGGUCUAAGAUGAAGAUGAGGGGGAUUCAGAAGAAGAAUGCUUUCUUUGGCUACACUCAGACGUUUUAUGGUUCAGACAUAGCAUCAGCGUAUUACAUCUUGAGUCUAAAGGGAGGAUUUAGGUUUGUCGGCCAAUCAGAGUGGUUUCGUGCAGACAAGAGGGGCAAGUUCAGUUGGGCCUUCUUGGAUCACAAAAACACACCCCUAGAGGAAGUAGACAUGAACUACACAGUGAUCAACUACACAGGACUGGGGAACCUGGAGGGUCAGAAUUGUUUGCGGACUCUGUCAUUACGAGGUUGUCCUGAAGUGGACGACUGGUUCCUGGCCAGGCUCCACAUGUUUCAGGACUCUCUGGAGGAACUGGACAUCUCUCACUGUCCACACAUCACUACAGGUGGCCUGGCUGCACUCAGGAAUCUCAAAGGGCUGCGGCGUCUAGACGUGUCAUCCCUCCCUGGGAUUUCGCAUCCUGGGUUGGUCAUCAUCCUGCUGGAGGAGAUGCUACCACAGUGCCAGAUCACUGCUACUGGCUACAACCACAGCCUGAUGCAGGAAGGAGAGGGGAAGGAGGAGCAUAUGGAAGGGCAAAGGUAGGCAAUGGGCAGGGACUCGGAGGAAUCAAGAGACUUUAAGGAGACAAAGAAUCCUCUGAGAGAGCUUUGCCAUCAGGUCACUGUAGUCUGAUGAAAAGAGUGCUGCUGACGGAGCAACGACACAUCUGAAAGAAACAUCUGACCUAAGAAUUGGAGAGGUAGUAAGUAGGAUUUUUUGAGCAAUAAAGCUGUCGCAGCUUAUUUUCGAUAUCAGACCAAACCAGUUUGCUCUUUAGAGAGAUGUGACACACCACUGGCAACAUCUAAAGCCCCGUUUCCACCAAACACUUUCGGUAUGGUGCCUUUGGAACCAAAGUAGCCCUUCAGACAUGGUACCUAGACCCUUGUGU